AUGGCUCAUAUAGUUAUCAUAGGAACAUGCGAUACCAAACUCCACGAACUCCUCUACCUCCGCACUCAACUCCUCACCCAAGGCGCCUCGAAAAUAACCCUCAUCGACGUAGGCCGCACGCCCACCACGCACCCAGACAUUACAAUUUCCCAACCCACCCUCUUAACCAACUAUUCCCCUCGAAAACAACAGCAACAACAAAACCACCAACAACAAGAUGAAGAACAAGACCAAAAACAACAAGAAGAAGAAAAUCAAGACCCCACCACCCUCCCCCGCAGCGAAUUCAUAACCCACAUGUCCCUCUGCGCAUCGAAUUGGAUUUCCCAAACCCACUCCUCCUCCAACCCCUCCCAACAAAUCCACGGAAUAAUCUCCGCAGGCGGAACAGGAAAUACCUCCCUAGUCUCCACCGCCCUAAGAAGCUCCUCCCUCCCUUUAGGUUUCCCAAAACUCAUAGUCUCCACAGCCGCAAGCGGAGACACAAGCCCCAUAAUCGGCGAAUCAGACAUCAUCUUAAUGCCUUCCAUCGUAGACAUCGCAGGGACGAAUUCAUUACUCUGUAGAAUUCUCUCUAAUGCUGCGGGGGCUAUGGUUGGGAUGGCGAAAUCCUACCUUACCUCCCUCUCCCCCUCUCCCUCAUCCUCAUCCUCAGGGAAUAAGAAGAAAAAGAUAAAAAUCGCCCUAACAAUGUUCGGCGUAACCACACCAGCAAUAACCACAAUCCGCUCGCACCUCGAAAGCACCUCCACCCACGAAUUCGAAAUCUUCAUCUUCCACGCCACAGGCCACGGCGGCCUAGCAAUGGAAUCCCUCAUCUCCUCAGGGGAAAUCGACGCGAUAAUUGACCUCACAACAACAGAAAUCGCAGAUUAUAUCGUUGGAGGGAAUAUGUCGGCGGGACCAUAUCGGUUGGAAGCUGCGUUGAAGAUGGGGAUUCCUUGUGUUAUUAGUUUGGGGGCGUUGGAUAUGGUGAAUUUCGGACCCAAAUCAACCCUCCCCCCAAAAUUCCACAAUCGAUUAAUAUACCAACACAACUCCACCGUCACCCUAAUGCGCACAUCUCCCGCCGAAAAUAAACUUAUAGGAGAAUAUAUCGUGGAGAAAAUCCUUUCCUUCACUUCCCCCUCCCCUACAUCCCCUUCCUCCCCCUCUUCAUCUUCCCCUAAAGCGAUGGUCCAAAUAAUAUUCCCAAAAGGUGGUCUAAGCCUUCUCUCAACUCCAGAUCAGCCUUUUUAUGAUCCAAAAGCUGAUGAGGUGUUAUUUGAGACUAUAAGAGAGGGGUUGAGAGGUUGUAGAGGGGUGGAGGUUGUGGAGGAUGAGAGGGGGGUUAAUGAUGAGGGGUUUGCUGGGGAUGUUGCGGAAGUUUUGGUUGGGUUGUUGGAGGGGUUGGAGGGGGAUACUUGA